AUGAAGAGAUUGAGGUCCAGCGAUGAUCUUCACUCGUACGGAGGCGACAAGAAUAGCAAUGGUUGCAAGGAUUCGAGUAAUCUGAACCGUUCGUUUUCGUCGGCGCAGCGGAGUUGCUACUACAAGCCUGAGAAUGCGCGAAAAGGUUUGGUCUCGUCCUCGUCGUCCCGGUACGAGAGGGAUCGGGCGGUUGAGGAGGACCGGGAGGGUUCGAGGGUGGUUCGGAAGCGAUCUGAGCACGAUUUCGAUGGAUUUGAUCGUAGGAAAGGGUUCGAUCGGUACAGAGAGAGUGACCGGAGUUUGAUGCACCGGUCGGAGAGUUUCUGCAGCGGUGGAUCGCGGAGGGAUCAGUUUCCGAAGGGGUUUCGGUCGGAGAGAGAGCGGUCGCGGAGGGAGGGAAGUGUGUCGUCUUGGCGGAGAGGGUUGAAGGAUUUGGAUGACAGGGAGAGGGUGGUGCGUUCGCCUAAGGGUUUGAGGGAUGUGAAGUCUCCGUCUUGGUCCAAGGAUUCUGUUUCGGAGAGCGAGCAAUCUAAGAAGAGAUCUUCUUCUCCCAGGCCCUUCAGAGAGGGUAACUCCAACAAGUCUAAGUCUAAGUCUCCCACUUGGUCUAAGGAUUCUAUUUCGGAGAGCGAGCAGUCCAAGAGUGUUGAGGUGAAGAAGGCCGAAGAGGAGUUGUUGCAGCAGGUUCAGAGUGGUAGCAGUAGUGAGAUGGAAGAAGGUGAGCUUGAACCUGAACCCCAAACGGAUGUGGUUCCUCCUGCUAGUGAAGACUUGGCUCCCUCUGUUAAUUUGGAGACUGAUGAGAAGGAAGUUCAGAAGAAUGAAUGCCACCCUAAUGAUGAUGACACUGAUGCUAUCAUGGAUGAGAGACAAGGGUUGUCGUCUAAGGAAGAGGUGAAACCUAAUAAUGAGGAGGUUCGUUGUGAUGUUGAGGAUGAAGAGAAAGAGGUUGAUAAGCUGCCGGAUGUUCAGGAUGAUUCGACCUUGAAAAUGGUUGUUACUGAGACUGAACUUGGUUCUGUGGGUAAUGAUGAUGAUGAUGAUAAAAGAGAGGAGUGUUUGGAUGCGGGUGCUGAGGGCGAGGAGGAAACAAAGAAGGGUGCGGAUGUGGAGAAGGAGAAGGUGGUGUUGAAUGAAAAUGAGAACAUAGAGGAGAAGGGUGUAGAUCUGGGAACCAGCACGGAUGUUGUCAAACCUGAGUUAAAUUAUGGAGUAUCAACAGAAAAUGAAGUUCCCAAGGAAUUGGAUAGAGGAGUUAUGGUGAGUGUCGUUAACAAUGUGAAGGAUAAAGGGAAAGGAAUUUCUGUAGCACUUGCACCUCCUAUUGAUGCUGCUCAUUCUUUGGAUGAUGGCUUGUGGAUGGACAGAGGUUCGACGGACCUCCCAACGUGUUCUGUUGAUAUUAUAGAAGGUCCAAGCACAAGGGGAUUUGAGUUGUUCUCCAGAUCUCCUGUUAGAAAAGUGGAGAAGGUAGACCACUCGGUUCUCAACAAGCACAAGGAUGAUUUGGAGCAGCUUGAUCUUACUCUUAGCUUGCCGAAUGUUUUGUUACCUAUUGGUGCUCAUGAGACUGGAGCUCAUGAGACAUCAUCUCAAGCCCCUGGAUCCCCCAGUCAAGCAAGGAGUGUGCAGUCUUUAAGUAAUACAUUUUGUACCAACUCAGAUGGUUUUCCCGCAUCAAUGUCCUUUUCAGGUUCACAAUCAUUCUAUCACAAUCCAAGCUGUUCUCUGACAAAAAACUCAGUGGAUUAUGAACAAUCUGUUGGCAGUCGCCCUUUGUUCCAGGGAAUAGAUCAAGUUUCGCAAGGAUGUUGGCAAGGUCAGUCUCAGAGUGAUCCCAAACAGAAAGAAGUUCCUUUUGGUCAAAGAACCUUGGUGAAUGCAAAUGGCUCCCUUUUCCAGUCUCAGGCAUCAUGGGGUGUUUUAGACAGUCAAGCUGUGAAGGGUCAACAUUCCAGGCUUCUAGAAGGAACUUCAAAAGUUGGGGGUGGACUUGACAGGCAAUUGAGUUUUCACAAGCAGUUUUCAGGGCAGUCAAGACGCCAUGAUGAUGUUAGAUCUCCGUCACAUAGUGUUGGGUCUCAUGAUAUUGGAUCAAAUUAUAGCUUUGAGAAAAAGAGGGAGGUUAGAGACAGGAGUAGUGGUAGUCUGUAUCGAACUACCAGCCAGAAGGAACAAGAACAACUGAUGGGGGGAGCUGAUUUUGUUGAGACAAUCAUUGCAAGAAUUGUUUCUGAACCUGUUCAUGCAAUGUCUAGAAAGUUUCAUGAAAUGACCGGACAGUCCAUAACAUGUCUCAAAGAGGGUAUUCGAGAAAUCAUGCUCAACGCUGAUAAGCACGGACAAAUACUUGCUUUUCAAAAAGUUCUGCAGAACAGGUCCGAUAUAAUCUUGGAUGUCCUAUUGAAGUGCCACCGAGUGCAACUGGAAAUUUUGGUUGCUUUAAAAACUGGUUUGACUCAUUUCCUUCAUCUAGAUAGCAGCAUUUCAUCUUCUGAGUUGGCUCAAAUUUUUCUAAACUUACGGUGUAAGAAUCUUUCAUGCCGAAGUCAGUUACCUGUGGAUGAAUGUGAUUGCAAGGUUUGUGCGCAGAAGAAUGGUUUUUGCAGAGAAUGUAUGUGCCUUGUGUGUUAUAAGUUUGACAAUGCCUCAAAUACUUGUAGCUGGGUUGGAUGUGAUGUUUGCCUUCACUGGUGCCAUACUGACUGUGGAUUACGGGAAUCUUAUAUUAGAAAUGGGCAUGGGACGAAAGGGAUGACUGAAAUGCAGUUUCACUGUAUUGCUUGUGACCAUCCUUCUGAGAUGUUUGGCUUUGUCAAGGAGGUGUUUCAUAAUUUUGCAAAAGAAUGGUCAGUUGAAGCCCUUUGCAAAGAGCUUGAAUAUGUAAAGAGGAUUUUUUCUGCCAGCAAGGAUAUGAGAGGAAGACAGUUGCAUGAGAUUGCAGAGCAAAUGCUGCCAAGGUUGGCAAAUAAGUCUAAUCUUCCAGAUGUUUUGAGGCACAUCAUGUCUUUCCUUUCAGAUGGUGAUUCUUCCAAAUUAGCAAUGGUAACAUUUUCUGGUAAGGAGCAAAUUAAAGAAAACAAUGGAGUAGCUGGGCCCAGCCAGGAAGCAGCUUGGAUGAAAUCUAUUUAUUCAGAAAAACCAUCUCUGUUAGAAAGGCCUGCAAAUAUCCUUCCUGCCUUUGACCAGAACGAUAAAAGAACUCUUUCACAAGAAUUGCAGAUGAGUAGCAUCCAGAAGGACUACUGUUUUGACGAAUUGGAGAGUGUAGUAAAAAUUAAACAGGCAGAGGCUAAAAUGUUUCAAUCACGUGCUGAUGAUGCUAGAAGAGAAGCUGAAGGGUUGAAGCGCAUUGCCCUUGCAAAGAAUGAGAAAAUUGAGGAAGAAUAUGCCAAUCGAAUUGCCAAGUUGCGAUUGACUGAGACUGAUGAAAUUCGGAAACAAAAAUUUGAAGAAGCCCAAGCAUUAGAGAGGGCACAUCUGGAGUAUUUGAACAUGAAAAGGAGAAUGGAGACAGACAUUAAAGAUCUGUUAUCCAAAAUGGAAGCUACUAAAAUGAGCCUUGCCAUGUGA